CUGCCUCUAAAAACGAGACGAAACCAAGAAAGUCUCGUCUCGGAUGCUUUUACCUUUAAUUAACUAGUUCCGGUUCAGACCAGCUCUUCCGGUAUUUAGGCCGCCGCUGGAGUGAAUCUCCCAGGCGCAAUUUUUUUGUUUCCCGAAUCGGCUGUGUAUCCGCAGCAUCCUCGGUGCAGCCAUGGUAAGUGAUGGGGGGAUUGUUUGUGGGGGUUGUGCUUGUUGUUGGGCAGCCUGUAUUUGUUGUCUGGGGUUAUUCCAUGUUUAGGAAUUCAGCUUAGAGGGCAGUGUUGCAAUGACCAUGGAUUCCCUCCAGAAUGCAUGUUCUGUGUAUGUGAUAAACAAAGCCUAUAUACACGGCCUGGCUGGCCUACGAGCAGGAGCAGGUGUGGGAUAUCAGGGGAGUUGGGGAGACUUAGCCCUGUCUUUAAAACCAUUUAUUAUCUCUGAUUUCUAGUGAUCUCUGGGUUAAAAAUUGAUUUACCAACACGAAGAUAAGUGGAGGCUAUUAGCUCACUGUAUCUAUCAACUAAUGUUUAUUAGACAUGCUAAAAUGUAGGGCAUGAGUAGCCAGUGGCAUAUAGACAAAUAUUUUUAAACAUAUUAAAAUUCAGGUGAAUAGGUGAAGGUGUAAGUACCUGAAUUUGAUGUAUAGUAUGGAGAUCUUUGUUGCUGUUCUGUGUAUGGCUGGUUAUGGAGAACUAGAAGCUAACACACUUCUCAUCAUGUUGAUCAAGUGGUAGCUUAUUGUGAUACACUGCCUUAGGUCUCUUCCGCUUCCUCCUUCCCCCCCCCCCAUAAAAAAAUCUAAAUUGUAUCCUAUGCUUUACCUUACUGCUGCAAGUGUUCAGUCUUGUAUAUGUUGGUGUCUGACAUGAGUUUCUGUCCACACUGCGUAUACUGAGCUUGAGCUAUAACUUCUAAGCAGUGUAAUUAGAGUUCUCCCUGCCACACACUUCCAAUUUUUUUUUUUUUUUUUUGAAGCCAGAAAUUGUAAUUCUGCAGUGGUUGUAGAGCUGGGGAGUGGACACCAUUUUGCUGGUUUGCAACAGGCUGGGGCACUCCUUGUGUCAGGACAGCUACAGUGCUUUUGAGUGGUCAUGAUUGGACCGUUCCUUUUUUUUAAAGGGACACUAUAGUCAUCAGAACUACCGCGUAAUGUAGUUGUUCUUGUGCGUAUAGUAUGUCCUUUCAGGUCUUUUUGCUGUAACUUCUACAAAAGAGAAGGCAGUGUUUACACUGCUCCCUAUGGACACCUCCAGUGGCAGUCACUCAGAUGGCCUCUAGAGGUGCCUUCUGGCUGAGUGCUGCACAACUGACAUUCAGUGUCUCCUUGCACAGCAUGGAGAUGCUGAACCUCUUUAUAAUGGAGAUGUGCUGAUUUCAAUGAAUGAGAAGAUGCUGAUUGGCCAGAGUGUUUGGAUCUGCGCCAUGCAUCUUGACUCAGAUCAUCCAUUCUGAUGUCCACCAAGUAGGUGGGGUGGAGCCGGCGCUGUUAUAAAGGUAUGUUUGUAUCCUAUUUAAGGGGGCUGGGUCCCUGAAUAUAGUUUUUAACACUAUAGUGUCAGGUUUCCAUGUUUGUGUUCCUUUUAAAGGGACACUCCAGGCACCCAGACCACUUCUGCCCAUUGGAGAGGUCUGGGUGCCAACUCCCACUAACCUUAACACUGAAAGUGUAACUAUUGUGAGGACCUCCAGCGUCGCUCAAUUCCCCAAAGGUUAGCAUUGAAAAGCAAUUUCGAUGCUUUUCAAUGGAGAUCUCUAAUGUGCAUGUGCAGCAUUGCCACGCAUGCGCCUUGGGUCUCCACGGGCAGGAUCAGUCUCUCCCACCGGCCGACAUAAGGAGGAGCGGUGGCGGCCUGAAACCACCGCCGAGGGACACUGGCGGGGGGUCUCAGGUAAGUGACUGAAGGGGUUUUCACCCCUUCAGCAGUUGGGAGGUGGGAGGGAGUGGGGACCUGCAGUGCCAGGAAAAAGGAUUGUUUUCCGGGCACUGGAGAGUCCCUUUAAGUAAACCCUGGGAAAAGUACUGACACGUCUGUAUGGGGACUACUUUGUGAUGUGGACUUGUUAGUCCAGUGAAAUGUAACUUGUAAUGUUCAUUUUAUGUCGUAUAAUAUGUGUAUUUAGGCUGAUCUUUGUUUAAUCAUUGAAAUCUGAUUAUCUUUCAGACGGUGGGAAAAAGCAGCAAGAUGCUGCAGCACAUUGACUUCAGGAUGCGCUGUAUCCUACAAGAUGGACGCAUCUUUAUUGGAACCUUUAAAGCUUUUGACAAACACAUGAACCUCAUCUUAUGUGAUUGUGAUGAAUUUAGAAAGAUUAAGUAAGUAUCUGAAGGUUAACUAAAAUCCCUUUUAAUUUUUCAGAGUUGUGCAAUAAGGGAAUUUAAAGAGACAAACUGUACAUUUUAAACAGGGGUUUGAAUGUCAUAAAGUUAUGCACUAUAUGAAAAAAGACCCAAGGCAGUGAAGCGUCUUGGCCUAUAAAGAGGCUGUGUACAACAUUAGUAACUUAUGGCACAGUCCCACCUGUUUCUUUGCCCUGUCUUUCCUUCUACACAAAGUUCUUGAAUCUCAAACUUUAUUUUUCAGGCCCAAGAACUCUAAACAGCCAGAACGUGAAGAGAAAAGGGUUCUUGGACUGGUUUUACUACGUGGAGAAAACUUGGUAUCCAUGACUGUAGAAGGACCCCCACCAAAAGACGUAUGUAUCAAAACUAAAUUUGUUAGCAUUUUGCAGUAACCUUGCCUGAAAAGCUGAAGCCUUCUGGUUUCUAGCUGGUAGACUUAAAAUUAACUUGCUAUCCCACUGUACAGUGCUAAGGCAUUUGCUGGCGAUACUUUAUUAAUAAAAUGAGUGUCAGAAAAUGCUCACAAGGCAAUAAAUCAUAGUGUAUCCUUAUAAUGAAUUUGCUUGCUUUCUCAAACUGGAACGUGCAUUGCAGGACUAAGGAGGACAGGGACGCUGAAGUGGUCUGGGUGACUUAAGUUUCCCUUGCUCUUUACUAAAGCUUCAAAAGCCAAGAAAUUAAAGCUGACUUAAUUUUGUCUUCUUUUUUUUUUUUUUUUUUUUAAUAGACUGGCAUUGCAAGAGUACCACUUGCAGGAGCUGCAGGUGGACCUGGUGUAGGCAGAGCAGCUGGGAGAGGUGUGCCUGCUGGUGCUCCUAUGCCUCAAGCACCAGCUGGAUUGGCAGGACCUGUCCGUGGUGUGGGAGGACCUUCGCAACAGGUAAAUCAAGCUUUUUGAUAUCUAGUAGCAUAGAAAUUUUGGGUGAACUAAACCAAAGUCAGUCUAAUGGUAUGGGGUUACUGCAUUAAGUAUUCUGUAUAUGAGAUACAUAGAGCUCUACAAAUGAGUCUUAGUGUGAUCUAAAAGUUCUGACAGUGUCAUGUAUGUCAACAUUGCACAUUAAUAGUUUGAUGGCCUUCUUCCUCUAUCAGGUGAUGACUCCUCAGAGCCGUGGAAACGUUGCUGCCGCUGCUGCAGCAGCUACAGCUAGUAUUGCGGGUGCUCCAACACAAUAUACUCCAGGUGGUCGUGGAGGGCCCCCACCUCCCAUGGGAAGAGGAGCACCACCUCCAGGUAAGAAGAAACAAAGCUUUAACGUUCCAAUAAAAUGUGGACCCGUGAUGACAGUGUGCUUGCCUGAUUUAUUUGAUGAACUUGCAGGAUUACCCUGAGGUCCAUUUGACACUUCUGUGUUUUGUUUUGUUCAUGAAUGUUGUCAUUUACAAAAACUCUAUCACAUCAAGGUAUGAUGGGACCACCACCAGGCAUGAGACCACCAAUGGGCCCGCCCAUGGGUAUGCCUCCAGGCAGAGGAGGACCAAUGGGAAUGCCACCCCCUGGUAUGAGGCCUCCACCACCUGGCAUGAGGGGUAAGUAUCACUUUAUGGUAAUGUGACUAACGGGAUUUUUUUUUUAUGGUGAAAGCAUUAACUACACAGUAACUUCUGAGAACAAAUUGUUCCAGUUGCGGCACGUUUAUCCUUCACCCCCUUAAGGAUUGUUAGAUCACACAUAUGAUCAAAGUAUCAAACUGUUUAACUAAGUAUUUAAUAUGCACACAUACAUCAUUAAGUGUAUUUUACUAUUUAUGCAUAGAAUAGUUCAUGUAUAAUUCAAUUGAGAAAAAUAAACAAUAUUUUAAACUCUUAACUGUUUAAUUUUGUUCCAACAAUAUUGCGAUAUCAAUAUACAUAUGCAAAUCCAAAUAAAAUUAGAAUGACAUUAUAAAAUGUUUAAACUCUACAUAUUUAUGUAACUUAACAUUUCAUUAGUUGGAGGGACUUGCCUGACAACCCAAAGAAUCUGGUUCACAAGCCCUCUAACUUUCAAAGACCCCCAUAAAACCAGUACAUGGGUUAUACUAUUACUCGGAAUUUGCUGAACACACGUGUCUCAAAACUGUAAAACAUCACAACAAUGUCUGUGUGCGCUAUUUUAUUUUUAUCGCACACCCAAACGGCACUCUCAGACGAUAUAAUUUUUUUAUUGUUUUUGAAAACCCUAUUUGUGUUCAGCAAGGUCUCCCAAGUAAAACUGUUUCCCCCUCCCCAUGUACAGGUUUUAGGGUGGUUUGGAAAGUUAGUCUGGUAUAAGGCUUGCAUUUCAGUCUUUUUACACUGAAAAUUGCUAGAUUUGGUUAUGUUGCUUUUGAGACCAUAUGACUGCCUAGGAAUGAGAAUUACUCUGAGAAUGGAAUACCAUUUGCAAAAGACCACCAAAGGUAUUGCAAAUAGGGUAUGUCCAGUCUUUUUUAGUCGGUCAAACACUGGACAAAAUUUAGCAUUCAAAUUUUUUUUCACACUAAAAUGAACACAAACUUUGGCCUAGGCUUGUGACUAAGUGGCUAGUAGAAGAUUGGACAUACCCCAUUUGUAAUACCUUGGGUUGUUAACUUUGAUUUCUGGGCUACCAUUUGCUCUCAAAGGCAACAUAAUCAGUCUAGCAAAUGUUUAAGGUGUAUAAACUGAAAAAUGUAAUGUGCUAUAGUUGACCCUGUAACACGCCAACACCAUAAAACCUGUUCAUGGGAGUACUGUUCUCAUGAGACAUUGCUGAAUACAAAUCUGUACUUUAUUGCAGUAUUGACAGUUAAGCCAUGCAGAACUAAAACUCUUUAAAUUUUUCACUCUUAUAUUUUCAUAAAUUAUGAUAUGACAUGAAAGCCAUGUUUCUCCUGAGCAAAAUAAUCUAGAAUACAUGUGAGUGCACUUAAUAGGAAAGAGGUGAAUUAUGAUUGAACAGAUGUAUUGCGCAAAUUCAGUGUCUUGUUUUGACCUGAACUUACAACUGCCUCUAUCAUUAAGGGGAUAAUUGCUUUUAUGUUUAGUAUAAAAUUUUACAUUUACUGGAUUGACAAUCCUGAAAUUAUUAAAACUACUCUUAUAAAUUGUUUCUAACAAAUCUCAACCUUAUCUGAAUGUAAUGUAUGUAUUUUACAGGACCCCCACCACCAGGAAUGAGGCCAACAAGACCUUGAGACCUGCUUUGCGUACACAUCAAUGUAAAGUUUUUCUGUGCAUCACAGGACUGUUCCGGUUCAAUGUUUGUAACUUUUUAUUUUCUUUUCUUUGUAAAUGAGUUUUUAAUAAACUUUAAAAUCUUUUUGUGUGAACUGAUCCUUUUUUAAACUCUGCUGACAGGGAGGUGUACCAAAGCUAAUUUAAAGAUCUGAAAGUACCAACUUCAAGUUGUACUCCACUGCUCAAAUACAAACUCUAAACACUGUGUUUAGUUGACAUAGCA